AUGAGCUCCAGCUGCACCCUCGUCGCAGACAGCACGGACGACGCCGUGCAGAUGCUUUUAGGUCUCAUCGCGUUGUCGUCGCUGUACGCCAAAUGGCGGGUCGAGUGGCCACGGAGAUCGGCCAAGGUCUGGUUCAUGGACGCACUGAAGCAAGGCUCGUCUGCGGCCAUGAUUCACGUGAUGAACAUUGUGCUCGCCAUUAGUCUUGUGGUUUCUUCCGAUACACCGAGUGAUCAGGACCAGUGUGCGUUUUACUUUAUGAACGUUGUGAUCGACACGACUUUGGGCGUGUAUAUUGCCUAUUUAUUACUACAGCUAUCUACAAUCGUAGCGAAUCGACAGCAGUGGAGGAGUCUGCAGUGUCAUGGAUACUAUGGCGAUCCGCCGGCGUGGAAAGUCUGGUGGAUACAGUUGCUGCAAUGGUGCACGAUUCUAGCCGUUAUGAAGGUCUUCGUCGGCGGGGUGAUUUACGCUUUCUCGACACCGCUGGGCUGGAUGGGAUCGCUGCUGUUUUACCCCGUGCACAACCAUCCGAAGAUUGAGCUACUUAUCGUCAUGAUUGGCUGUCCACUGGUCAUGAACAUGGUGCAGUUUUGGGUCCAAGAUAGCUUUCUCAUGAACCAUGCUCAACACGACAAUGAAGAGCUGCCACUUCUGCAGACAUCCGUGGCCGGCGCUGCCUUACUGCAAAAGCCGCGCAGCGUGUCGAACGUCUCCAAUGCCGCUGACGUGUACGAUAUGCUUUAG